UGGUCCUUACUGGGCGCAGUGCCGAUGGAGGAGCGCGGUGCCGAAUACGACCUGAGCGCGGUGCGGCUCUGCUUCCAGGUGUGGCUGCCCGGCCCUGGGGGGCUCUGCCCGCUGCCCCCCGUCCUCUCCCAGCCCAUCUACGACAACCGUGCCCCCAGCACAGCCGAGCUGCGCAUCUGCCGGGUGAACCGAAACUCUGGGAGCUGCCAGGGGGGGGACGAGAUCUUCCUGCUGUGUGACAAAGUGCAGAAAGGUCCGUGUCCCCAAAAGGGUCCCCAAAAUGUCCCCAAAUGGGUCCCCAAAUGGGUCCCAAAUGGGUCCCCAAUCCAUCCCCAUUUGUGGCCCCACUUGUGCCCCACAUCUGUCCCCAGUUGUGACCCCCAACCCACCCCCAAAUCUGUCCCCAGUUGCCCCCCCAACCCAUCCCCAAUU